CGUGCAAACACUUAAAAGUGUGGACAGAGGGUCGCGAGCGUUUGUUGGAUGUUCACCGGGGCAGGAAACUACCGUCCGCAGCUCUCCUCUGCUGUAGCGGCACAGGCUAAAAAAGAAAAACAAAACAAAACCAAACAAAAAAUGCUUCCGGACGCAUACGGUUGCGCUGUGGCGAACAGGUUCGGGGAUCUUCUGGACGACGAAGCUGACCCGUUUGACCUGAUGAGCCAAGUUGAAAUGAUGAAGGAGAAAAAGAAAAAGAAGAAGGAAGAGGAGGAUAAGAAGGGCAAGCAUAAAAAACCUGGCCAGAAGGAGUCGCAGAAGGAUAGGCGCCUCCCCGUCGCGUCGGACGGUCUAGACCCGGUUCCAGUUCGUAAGCAGCAGCAGCAGCAGCAGCAGCAGCAGAAACAACAGCAGCAACAACAGCAGCAGCAGCAGCAGCAGGGACGUCCCAGACCAGGGACAGACAGCAGAGAUGGCAGAGAUGACACCCAGAGGGGCAUGAAGAGGGUUGCCUUCGGGGAACGUAGGGCCAACCAAGUGGAGUACCCACAGGAGUUUUCCAUCUCCAAGCCUUCGUAUAAUGCAGAAUCUGACUUCAGUGGCAGAGGGGGGUUCAGAGGUAGGAGAGGAGCAAGAGGCGGAGGAUACACAAGGAACUCGGACAACUUCAACCCGAGGGGCAAGAGAGAGUAUGAUCGACACAAUGGAACAGGUAUCUCUCCUGAGGAAAAGAGAGGAGGCAGAGGACCCUGGAACUGGGGCAGUGUUGAAGAAGCUGCAAGUGAGUUAAUGGAGGUGACAUCCGAUGCUCCAGUCAAAUCUGAGGAGCCCCAAAUGCCCGUGGAGGAAGAGAAUCAGAAUCGAUCAAUGGAAGAGGACGGAGAGAUGGUGGUCCAGGUUGCCAUGGAGAUGACACUAGAUGAGUGGAGGGCCAUGCAGGAGAUAAGUCGCCCCAAGGCGGAGUUUAAUAUCCGCAAAGCAGAGAGCAAGAUUCCCUCCAAAGCCAAGGUCAUCCACCAGUCAAAGUACAUAGAGAACAUCAAGGAGACCGUGGAGGACAUGGAGGAUGACGGCAACUUCCUCCGUAGGUCUGUGAAUGACAUCACCUCCCUUCUGGACAUCAAUUUCGGGAGUCUUGGACGCCCCAGUCGUGGUGGUCGGGGAAGGGGAGCACGAGGCGGCCCAACCAGUCGCCCAGAGAGACCCAAGCCCAUUUUGGAGAGGGAGGAUGAUCUGGCUCCUAACCCAGAUGACCCAGAAGACUUCCCAGCACUUUCAGCAGGAAGAUAACUGAAUUCACAUCUGUUUACAUCCUGCGGGGGAAUAUUGGUUGCACUUGACACUUGCUAAAAGAAAUUGUUCAUGUUUCUGCAGUUCUUACGGUUUUGGGGUUUUAUUGUACUGGAUUUAUUUUGUUCUAUUGCACAAAAGGCACUGUUCAGCAUUUGACUCCUGGAGAAUAAAUGCUUUUGCAAGUUUAA